AUAGUCUGCGUUACCUCUGUUCGGAACGUUCUGUCUGAACGUAGAUAUACAGUGAUGUGUUGUUUAUAUACAAAGGACAACUAUUACCACGUAUAAAUGAGUGCGAAAAAACCAAAGCUGCCUGGUUUAAACAUUCGUGGUAGCUCAAGUAGACACGACUGGGAUUCUGUCGGAACAAUCAAGUUUUUCACUGACAAAGAUGGUGAUAUUAGUGGUUUAGAUGAAGCAAUGAGAACUAUUAGUAUGGGUACUCGGCAGUCUGGAGAAGCGAAUGUGCAUUCACCAUCCUCACAUACAAGCGACAAAGAUUCCACAUCAUAUACUGGAUAUAUUGAUGAGUUUAGUGGGCAAAACAAAUUAGAUGUUGAAAUUGCUGUUGAAGCAACAAGCAUUUCUGAAUCAAUUAGUCCCACGGAUCUGACUGAUUCAACUGAGUCGGCUAAAGAAACUCAUGGUUAUAUGAAUGAAUCAAGUUUUAGUCAACAGACAAAUGAAUCUCUUGGUGUUUUCUCAUUCAAUAACGAUCUAAAUACGAACUCGAAUGUUCUUCCGAAUUCUAUCGAUGUUUUCAGGACUAAUGACAGACAUAACUCACUGGACUUAGAUGAAUCUCAUCCAUGGAUGCGUUAUACAUUUUGUUCACUGACAGUAUUUUUGAUUUAUUGGCUUUUUAAUGGUUUUCUAUUGGGUCUAACUGUUGGUUGUAUACUAACAUAUACAUUCAUUACAGUGUAUAAUUAUUUGCAUAGUCGUACAAACUAUUCUAAUCAAAUUCUCUGUCCAAUAUCAGGAUUGCCAUUAGAUCACUUAUGCUGUUCACUGCAUUAUCGACAAGAACAAGAGGGCCAGUAUCAAGGCUCACAAUGGUGGCCAAUCUAUUCACCUGCUAUGCCAAAUUUAACUAACAACGCGAACAGUACUAAUAAAUGUAUGCAGUUAAGAAAUUUGCCUAAUUUCACUGUACCAAAUAUGCUUGAAGAAGAUGUUAACAAAUCAACUAUCUCAGGUCCAUUGGGAAAUAGUUUAGGUUUUAAAUAUGACAAUAAUGGACGGCCCGUAUACAAAGGAUGGUUAAAUGAGAUUAUUCAUUAUGAUCCUGAAACUCAUCAUAUUGGCAAAACAUUUUCCGUCUUCCUCACGCUUGAUGGUACACAAUUACGCCUACAACGCCCAGAACAUAAUAUUACUCGUAGAUCUUUAUGGAAUGAUGAAAUCCCAUCAACUACAACUAUGCGAUUCAAACAACAGCAUAUUUAUGAUUUAGCUAAUGCAACUGUUACACUCCUUCCAUGUGGCUUAGUCGGUAAACGUCUAUGGAGUAGAAAAUAUCCUAUUUGUAUCACCGUCUACACUGAAGGUAGAUUCAAGCGCAAAAAUGAAAGACUUGAUUCACUACCAUCAUCGACAAGCUUUCCAAAUAUCAUAUUAUCUACUAGCUCUAAUAUAGCAGUGAAUGAAUCCUCUGACUUGUCCGUGGAUACAUCUAUCCCAUCAGCUGGAGAUAUGGAGUUCCCCGAUGAUACUAGUAUCAAUGUAUUGCAAACUUCAAGCAAAUCAAAUAUGAAAAAUUUAUAUUUGUUUGGAAGAACAUGUCGCGAAAAAGAAACAUGGUACCGUAGAUUGAAAGCUGCCUCAUUGGGCACACCUCUUAUAUGGACACCUCAGAUGGCUGUACAACAUUAUCUUUUGGCAUCAGAUAUUAAUAAUAGUAAUAAUAACGUUGGUUUACCGGAUUAUUUAAGUGGUACUGCCACAGCAGCUUCUAAUAUCAUUUCUAAUCACAACGACAGCACAUUGAGUGACGAUGAGAGUCAACCUGAUGGAAAUACAUUAUCGAAUCUGAUAACAUGUUCUGAUUCAGCUGCCAGUAUCGCUAAUACUGAUGUUGUUACCACUAUUACUACUACUAUUAGUAGUAAUAAUAGCAAUAGUACUCCCACCGGUUUAAGCAGUACAGCCAAUACUAAUAGCACUUAUUCAUCCAGCAUAAAUCUUUCAAAUUAUGGCGCUUCAAUACCUGGGAAUCGUGAACCAGUAUAUGUUUCAUAUGUCCGAUAUAUGGCUAAAUUUAUGCCUGCCAAUUGGCUUGUACGAAGUGCACAAGCAUUAAAAUUAAAUGUUAAUCAAAUUAAUUGUGAUACAAAUAUGAUAUGGCUUAAUGCAUUAAUUGGUCGUUUGCUAUGGGAUUUUCUUCGUGAACCUUAUUGGUUAGAAAAGAUAAAAAAUAAGAUUCAAGCAAAGUUGAAAAAAAUACAUCUUCCAAAUUUCAUCAAUGAACUCACUGUCGUUGAUAUUGAUUUGGGCUCAGAAAUACCUGUACUAAGACGUAUCGGAUGUCCUUAUCUGGAUGCACAUGGUCUAUGGAUUGAAGUGGAUGUUGGUUAUGCUGGAGGGUUCUCAUUUGCUUUGGAAACAAGUGUCAAUUUAAUGCGGUGGAAUCAAAAACUUCGUGAAGAAAAAGAUAUUACCUAUUCAUCAGACAAUUUUGCUCAAAAUUCACUAUCCAAUGUAUAUCUACCAAAAGUUCAUUCUCGUUCGAUAACAAAAAUGGCCGCUUACCUAUCUGAUGAAGAGGACAGUGCUGAUUCAACAACUGACUCUGAAUUAGAUGAAACAACUAAUAUUAGUCAAAAUUCCAGUCCUAUAAAUAGUUUACGACCUGGACGUAACUUACCAUCCACAGGACUAAUCAUAGGUGGAAUGAAAUCCGGUGACAAUGAACGUGUAAACCCUGAAGACAACAGUCCAGUAAAUUUACAGCCUGUCUUACCGUCUCGUCGAAGGAUUAUACGUAUUGUCGAUCGCAUCACCAAAUCCUCAUAUUUUCAAAGAGCCGUUGAUACAAAACUAGUUCAGCGUGGUAUGGAACGUUUGUCAAACACACCAAUUGUAUUACAAGUUGAGAUACAAAUGUUAAGUGGUACGCUUUUAGUCAAUAUCCCUCCACCGCCCAGUGAUCGUCUGUGGUAUGGUUUUCGUCCUGUACCUAAUAUACGACUUAAAGCACGUCCUCGUGUUGGAGAAAAAGUUGUUACAAUGUCACGUAUAUUAGAAUGGAUUGAAAAAAAAAUGAUUCUUGAAUUCCAGCAUUUAGUUGUUUUACCGAAUAUGGAUGAUUUGAAAGUUGGGCUACUUUUAUCCGAUGCUACAUCAGCAACAUAAAUAAUCUGACACCAAUUAUAUUCAAUGAUAUCAAAACGGCUGAAGGAUUAGCUUUUAAUGAUCCCUAAUCACUAUUACAAAGGGCUUCGAUGAAAACUGAUGUAAUCUCAUUGUUAUCAUCAUCAUUCCUUCUCUUUUGCUUUUUCUGUCGCAUACGUUGUCAGUAUACUGUAUUUUAUACAAAUGUAUUCAUGCUAUCUUAUAUACUUUAGCUUAUUAAAUUCAAAUUAAUCUAAACGUGAUUUCUUUUUGUCAUAUUUUCUAUCCUUUCAUUUUUUCGUAAAUGCUCACAUUCAUUUGUCGCAGUGAAUAUGAAAUGAAGAAUACAUAACCAAUAAUUUCUAUUGGGAACAAUUUAGUGUUGCCUCUUUUUGAUGAUAUCUUGGGCAAUUCUAAGUGUAAUCAGCAGUUGAUUUCCGUUUUAUACAAUUUUUGCGUUGUAUCGAAAACUAUGAUGGAUGAAGACUAGAUAUUAUAUAUAUAUUCCAAUUGUUGAAUAUUUAUCCUACACAGAAUGUAUUGACAGUUUUGUUAAGUGGAUUUAUUACCUACAAUAUAUU